AGCUGCCUCUCUCCGGCUCGUCUUCAGCACUUUUGGAAACGCUUCAGCUUCUGGUUUCAUUUUCAUGGAGGAUAUUUUCCUGUCAGAAAGUUGUAAUGUCAGUGCACGCAGCAGCUGUGACGGCGCAGAUGAAAGAUAUCUGUCAGACCGUGCUUCAGCUAAAUUAACCAUCGUGGUCGGAGACACUCAUUUCUCUGAGGAGAAAAUGUUUCUGGUUCAGAGUUGUGACUAUUUCCGAGCUCUGUAUCGCUCUGGGAUGAAGGAGUGUCGGCAGGAAGAAAUCCACCUCAAGUCUCUGCGCGCUCGAGGCUUCCUCAUCGCCUUGGCGGUCUUACGAGGUGAGAUGCCUGACCUGGAUGGCGACGACAUUGUUGAAGCCAUCGAAUGCGCUGCUUUCUUGCAGGUGGCGCUGCUCACUAAGCAUCUCAUCAACCUCAUUGAUUCUGACAGCUGUUUGCUGAUGUAUCACACGGCUGCAACCUUCGGCCUCGUGGACCUUUACCACGCUGCUGCGCUGUUCAUCCGAAACAUGUACGCCGACCUGGAGGCGGAGGUGAAGAAAUCUUUACCAUCAGAGCUGAUCUCCUACGUGGAGUCUUUGAGCCCAAGUGUUUUCGUGGCCGUCGGGGCUCACGUGACCUGCGGCGUGGAUGAAACCGUGCACGCCGCCUCCAGGACGGUGUGCUACCUGGAUGAAAGUAGCAACAAUUGGAAAGUGUUGACAGAUCUUCCACUGGAGGCCAGCACCUCCAUGGCUGGAGUGACUGUUUUAGACAACAAGCUUUACAUCAUCGGAGGAGUUCACGGACUUCACAAACAAGUCGUCGAUUCUUGUUUCUGCUACAGCGUCGAAAACAACAGCUGGGGCCGGAUCUCCAGUCCUGCGCAGCUGCGAUACAAUCUCAGCCUCGUGGGCAUAGACAGUUGUCUUUACGCUAUCGGAGGAGAGUAUGAGCGAAGGGUGAUGUCAUCUGUGGAGACAUAUGAUGUAAAGACCGGAAGGUGGGAGUUUGCUGCUCAUUUACCUCGACCGGCGGCGGGAGCAGCGUGCACCAAAGGCAUGGGCAGGAUAUUUGUGUGUUUAUGGAAGCCGAUGGAGACCACAGAGAUCUAUGAGUACCUCUCAGGGAAAGACGAGUGGCAGCUGGUUACCACGCUGAUCAGGAAGCAGAGCUACGGCCACUGCAUGGUCGGCCACAGGGACAACCUGUACGUCAUGAGAAACGGACCGUCGGACGACUUCCUGCGAUGCCUGAUGGACUGUUAUAGUCUGAGCUCAGGCCAGUGGUCGUCUCUGCCUGGGCACUUUGCCAACAGCAAAGGUUCACUGUUCACAGCAGUAGUGAGAGGCGACUCUGUGCUCACGCUCAACAGGAGCAUGACUCUGGAGUUCGCCGUCGACGGUAAAACCUGGAAGCCGCGGCGGCAGAUGAAGGGAUUCCCUAGAAGUGGAUCUGUGUGGACGUUUCUACUCCGGCUGCCAGACGCUCUCAUGCUACAGUAACAGCUUCAUUUGUUCUGGGAUUUACUGGACUGUCAACUCCUUUUUACACUCAGACAUGUAUUUCCUACCUGUGCUUCAAUAAAUU